GAAAGAUGGACAACGAAGAGGCUGUAGCGUUCUUCAAAAAAUGUAUGGUGGACGACCCAGGCAUGUCGACGGCUGUAGCUGCUAUACAAACUCUGUUAGAAGUUAUGAAUCAAAACUCGGCUGAAACACUCUCUGAACUCAGAGAUAAUCUUCAACAAGUCAUUGAUGUUUUGACCAAAACAGAAGGCUCAGUAGCUUCCAUAUCCUCAGGAUGUGAACUCUUCCUCAGAUUUAUAACACUUGCCUCCCUGGACAACCCAGAUUUUCAAGAAUGUAAAAGAGUUCUGGUUGAAAGAGGUCAGCUGUACCUGAAAAGAGCUGCCUCAGCCAGGAAUAGAAUUGCCAAACUUUGUGAUGCAUUUAUUAAAGAUGGAGCUACAAUUCUUACUCACUCCCGAUCCAGAGUUGUGUUGGAAAUUUUGAAAGUGGCUACUGAACAGAAGAAGCGCUUUAAUGUUUAUGUAACAGAGUCAGCUCCUGAUAAAUCUGGAUAUGAGAUGCAUGAUCAGUUAAAACAGUUUGGAAUUCCCUCCACAGUGAUCCUAGAUGCAGCAGUUGGUUACAUGAUGGAAAAAGUUGACUUGGUCCUUAUGGGCGCAGAAGGUGUGGUAGAGAGUGGUGGAAUUAUUAAUAAAGUUGGCACAUAUCAGAUGGCAGUUAUGACCAAAGCGGUCAACAAACCAUUCUAUGUGGUGGCAGAAAGUUUCAAGUUCGUUCGACUUUAUCCACUUAAUCAAGAAGACGUACCGAACCACUUUAAGUACUCAGGAAGUUCUUCCAGUGAGGAUAGUCAUCCAAUAGUUGACUAUACUCCGCCAUCUUACAUCACCCUGCUGUUCACAGAUCUUGGAGUUCUAACGCCUUCUGCUGUCAGCGAUGAGCUGAUUAAACUUUAUUUAUGACUAGAAAAACCUUCUUUAAACAAAUGAACUUAGCCAUGGAGAACAGUGAAAACACCUAAAGACCGCUUGUUGUCUGUACUGCAAUCGAAACGCGUUCAGGUCCCUAUGGACAAGUCGGAAACUAUUACGGGAUUUGCGUUGCCUAGCAAUGCUAUAGUCGAGUGAACCACAUCGUGGGCUCAGUUUUGCAAGUUGCAGUACUCUAGUUGCUGCCGUUCAUGGAUUUCUUAUCACCUAUAAGUCACCAAGAAAAUGGAAAAAAUGACAUGAGCGAUGUUUCAUAAAUCAGCAUGGAGUAUCCUCAUAGGAUUUGCCUUUGUAUUAUUUAAUCCAUCUGACCCUGGUGGCUCAAAGGGUGGAAAACGCUAACCGCUGGAUAAAUCUCCAUCCGGUGAAUGGCAUAGUACGUUUUGUUAACACUCCUCCGUUGUAUAGCGAUUUAUCCGCUGGUUAACUGUAUCUGCCCAAUGAAAAUCUGGGCCCUGAUUUCUCGCCCUCGUCUUUGGUUAUGACAGUGUAUGUUCUUUAGUUUAAGAGAUGCAAAGACAGUUUACUUUGAGCUGUAUGCUCAUUUCUUUACCUACCUUUUUAAACAUUUACAUCAUAACGGGUACAGAUUAAUGAGUUUUUAGGGACAUCGUGCCAACCCUAAUUCAAGAGUCCCAUUUUGCUCAUCAUCACAAAAUUAUUUUAUUUUGUUUGCACACAAUCGACAGCUAAUCAAGCUUUCAUAUAAAUUGGUUUAGGAGCUUUUGUCGACCUUGAGCCAACCCUAGUUCAACAGGUCUAUUUACAAAUUGGUUGAUGAGCAUUUGGGGACCUCGAGCUAACCCUGUAUUUGCUUAUUAACAAAAUUCUUUUGUUUAAAUAUUCAGCAGGGAUCUUCUCGUUCCCAAAACAAGAGCAGUGACUCUGAAACUUGGUCGCAAUCGACAGCUAAUCGAGCUUUUUCUGAUACACCAUGAACUGUCCGAGAAAAUCCUCAUUUUGCCAGAGAUAUCGGCCCAUGAAUAUUUAAACAAAAGAAAUUGGCUGAUGAACGUUUGGGGAUCUUGAGGUAACCCUGUUUUAAAAAUCUUUAUUUGCUUAUUAACAUAACUCUUUUGUUUAAAUAUUUAGCAUGUAUUUUCUCGUUCCAAAAAGAAGCUGCGACUCUGAAACUUGCUCGCAAUCGACAGCUAAUCAAACCUUUUCUGAUACACUAUAAAUUGUCCGGGAAAUCCUCAUUUUACCAUGGAUAUCAGUCCAUGAAUAUUUAAACAAUGGAAAUUGGUUAAUUAGUUUUUGUGGACCUUGAGCAAGCCCUUGUCUAACAGGUCUAUUUUUGCUCAUUAACAAAACUAUUUUGUUUUAAUAUUCAGCGGGGAUUUUCUCGUUCCAAAAAAGAGCUUUAACUUUAAAACUUGCAAACAAUCGACACGCAAUCAAGCUCUUUCGAACACAAUAUGAAUUUUUUGCGAAAUCUUCAUUUUGCCAGAGAUACGAGCUCAUGAAUAUUUAAACAAUAGAAAUUGGCAAAUAAGCAUUUGGGGACCUCAAGUCAACCCUGGUUUAAAAAAUUUAUAUUUGCUUAUAAACAAACUUUUUUUUGUUUUAAUAUUCAGAGAGGAUUUUCUCAUUCCAAAAAAAGGGCUGUGACUUUGAAACUUGCAAACAAUCGAAAGGUUAAAAAGUUAUUUAUAACGCACUAUGAAAGGUUCGGGAAGUCCUCUUAACGGAUGUGAAAUAAACUCAUGAACAUUUAAGCGAUAGACAUUCGUUGAUGACUUUUAGGAGGCUUACGUCCAUACCCAAGUACUUGCAGUCGAGUUUGUUCUAAAUUAUUUUGUUUCGACAGACAGAGGUGCUCUUUAAAGCCCACACAGGAUUUUUAUUUUUGAUUCUUUUACACAAUAGGGAAUUAAGUAUUCUGCUCUUCUGGAAAUGUCUCGUCGUCUUAAUUAUACAAAAGACAUUUCUGUUGAAAACAAAUAAAAUUGAUCCCUAAUAAAAUUUAUACCCUACAACAUCCAAGAUAAAAGUGAAAUAUCUUCCACAUUAACAGUAGUUGAGCUAACGAUGGGGGAGUAUAAUUUCAAGGUAUAGUCAAAAUUAUUAAUUUUAAAACAAUUUAAACGCUUAAUUUGAAAAACAAGAUAUACUUAAAAUAUAAUUACAAAUAAAAAGAGAUAUAAAAUUGAGAGAUUCAAAAUUACAAGUAAGAAAAAAUUUGAAGAAUUUUAGCAAAACACAAUAUCAAAACAAUUAGUUGUGUAAUUGUGCCAACUACUUUAUACUGUAUCUAACUAUAUCUUUGGCUUGAUGCGUUGUGCGAACUAUAGAAAGUGUAUAAUAAAUAACCUCAUAUAAACCUUAUAACAACAAAAUAAAGGCUCAAAAAAGGA